ACCGGUUCUUCACCUACCCUAUUUUGAUCGCCCUUUUACCCUUACCACCGAUGCGUCCUCCGACCCCCAGCGGUCAUGAUGCUAUCCUGGUCGUCGUCGAUCGCUUCACGAAGCGUGCACGCUUUGUUCCGUGUCGUUAUGCCAUCAAUGCACGUGAGGUCGUCGACAUCGUGUUUGACCGAGUCGUGCGUGACCACGGCCUACCUUUGAGCAUCAUAUCUGAUUGUGACCCGCGCUUUACCAGCCGAUUCUGGCCACGGCUCCACGAGGUUUACAGCACCCAGCUCCACUUCUCCUUGUCUUACCAUCCUCAGACUGAUGGUCUGACCGAGGUCACGAACCGGACUCUCGAAAAUAUUCUCCGAAAGAUUAUUCGUGACGACCAGCAGUGGGAUCUUCAUCUUGCCCACGCGGAGAUAGCCUACAACCACGCCGUCUCGCCAGCCACGGGGAUGUCGCCUUACUAUUGCGACCUCGGCUAUCACCCUCGUGUUCCCGCAGACUUCCUUCGACCGUCACAGAUGCACCCCGACACGAGUUGUCCCGCACUGGAUGAUUGGGUUGCACACAUGAUGUCGAUCAUGAAGACCGCACAUGAGCACAUAGCCGCUUCCCAGACUCGCAUGGCAGCACGUGCAAACCGAUCGAGGAUGGAUCAUUCAUUCAAAGUCAGUGAUGAUGUGUUUAUCGACGCGCGCCACCUACAACUCGAAGCGGACACACUUCGCAAGUUUCGGCGUCGCUUCUUUGGCCCAUGCCGCAUCCUCCAGGCCGUCGGUUCUGAUACGGCUUCUAGCCCGGUCAGCUUCCGUGUGAAGCUGCCCAACUACCUACGCCAGGCUCGUGUGCACGAUGUUUACCACGUCUCAUUACUACGUCCUUACCGCAGACCGUCUGAGCGUUUCGCUGGACGUCCAUACGAGCGCCCUGGGCAGCGGCCACGGACGGACGAGGCAAAAAGGGACGAGAUUCAGGACAUCCUUGAUGAGCAGGAGGGGGGCCAGGGUGGGGUUGGUGAGGCGGGGCGAGACGAUGCAGUCGGAGGCCCUGACCUGCCAGGGGAGGAGGUAGUGAUGACGUCGAGAGGGGUUGGGGCAGCGGGUAACGCUGCGAGGGCGUCACGACCUGAGUUGGACCGCGCGAGGAGGGAGAAGAGGAAAGUGGGGGAGGAGGACGUCGACGUGCGGGACACGACGAGGGAGAAGAGGGCACGACAGACGACGAUCGAGGAGAUGUACGACAAGGAGAAGUUGGCCGAGUUCUCAGAUGAGUGGCUGCAGUGGAUCUACGCGAAGGGGUUGCCAUUCAACGCCUUCCGAGGGUCGGAGUUCCAGAGGGUUCGCCGGGUGGCAGAGAGAGUACCCCGCACAGUUCGGUUCUUGUUUCCCUCGUACAGGGUUACAGCGGGCGCCAGGAUCCGUUCGCAAAGGACGAAGGUAGCGCCGAUGCCGCUCGUGAACUUCCUGGCUGGGGGCGCGAACGGCACCUUGCUGUACGCCACCGUCACACGUGACGGGUCUGUCCGCGAUACGGCGGAUGUCGUGUAUCGCAGGUGGCGGACCAUCAUCUUGUCCUUUCCUGCAAAGGACGUGAUCGGCUUCUGCACGGACUCCACCAGUAACUACAUGACGGCGGCACGCAGAUUCGCCACAGACCCUGACGCGGACAUUAGGAGGAUCACUUGGCUUCCUUGCUCCACCCACGUCUGCAACUUGAUGUUGUCAGAUGUCGGAACGCGAGUGGGGUGGGUCAAGGAGACCAUCAUCUGUGCCCGAGCAUUAGUGCGAUUUAUUAAAUCGCACGGCGCUGCUCACGCCCUUUUCAGGAGGAUGAGCCCUCGCGUCAUGCUCGUCGAGCCCGUUGAGACUCGGCUUGCAUCGGUUUUCCUGAUGCUGACGUGUCUCAAAGGCCGGCGGGACGCGCUAGAGAGCAUGCUGCACGGCGACGCGUGGGCGCGCAUCCCGUGGGAGCAUAGGCUUCUCGCCCAGGCGCAGUGGGUGCAGCAGCAGAUCCGCGACGGGGAGUUCUGGCGAUGUGUUGACUGUGCCAUCCGCGUUAUGGCGCCCGUCCACCAACUACUGAGGAGGAUGGAUAGAGGGGGGAUGAUGAUGUCCAUCGUGUACGAGUGGAGUCAACAUCUGCUCGAUUUGAUGAGGAGGGUGGAUGUGCCGGCGAACAUGGUCGAGCCGUGCGUGCGCGAGGUUGCCAUCCGCAACCUCCACAUGCUCGAGCCCGCACAUGCCGCGACACACCUCCUCAACCCUUGUCGACGGUCCCUUCGAUAUUAUGAGUCGUUGCAGACGACCAGUGACGACGCCCAUGUGGUCGAGGAGUGCGACAGAUUUCUGCUCGCACAGACCGGCGGCGAUCCGGUUGGCAGACUGUACAGGACCGUGCGCGACCAGAUAAGGCAUUUCCACUCGCGGCAGGGAGAUUGGGGAGAUCGGCAGCUGUCCGAUGCCGAGGCGGACGAUUGUUGGGGGGACUGCCAGACCGAGGGUUGCGUGGCGUGGUGGUUUGCUCACGGACGUCAUCACCCUGAGUUGCGUACCAUCGCGAUCCGUGUGAUGCACUUGUGGACGUCCGCUUCUCCUGCGGAGAGGAACUGGGCGCAGCACGAGCGCAUCAACACGGCGAGGCGCAGCAAGCUUGGGUUUACCAAGCUAGCACAACUGGUUGAGAUUACCACCGAUUUCAAACUGGCCGCGUGCGCGCAGUAGGGUGGUGGCUACGUGUUGCCGUGGGUUAUGGGGACCG